GGCGGGAAACUUGCCGCAGACACAUCCGAAUUAUCCAGCUGCCAAGGAAUAGCUAGAACUUGGUCAGAACUUAGGAUGGCCACAGGCGUGUUGUGCUUCAGGGCGUUUGCCCUCUUCAUGGCCUGCCUUCUCGUUGCCGUACCAUCGCUGGUGGCACAGGAUCCUUCGAAGCUGAGCCUGGAAUACUACUCCAAGACGUGCCCGAACGUGGAGCACGUCGUCCGCACGGAGAUGGAGUGUGCGGUGCGCGCCGACACGCGCAAUGCCGCCCUGAUGCUUCGCCUCCAUUUCCAUGACUGCUUCGUGCAGGGUUGCGACGGAUCGGUACUGCUCGACGACACCGCGACGUUGAUCGGAGAGAAGCAGGCAGAUCAGAACGUCAACUCGCUGAAAGGGUUCGAUCUGGUCGACAAGAUCAAGGAGAAGCUGGAAGCUGAGUGCUCUGGAACCGUUUCCUGCGCAGACCUACUCGCCAUCGCAGCUAGGGACGCCGUUGUCCUGCUAGGUGGGCCUUACUGGGAUGUCCCAGUAGGAAGACUGGACUCCAAGAAGGCAAGCCUGGACCUCGCAAACAGCGACAUCCCCACUGCUCAGCAGGGCCUUCUCACCCUCAUUUCCAAGUUCUGGCAGAAGGGCCUUGAUGCCACUGACAUGGUGGCCCUCGUCGGAUCACAUACGAUCGGAUUCGCCCGGUGUGCAAACUUCCGGGACAGGAUCUACGGCGACUUCGAGAUGACGUCCAAAUACAACCCCUCGUCCGAGACCUACCUCAGCAAGCUGAAGGAGGUCUGCCCCCUGGACGGCGGCGACGACAACAUCAGCGCCAUGGACAGCCACACCUCCGCGAUCUUCGACAACGCCUACUUCGAGACGCUCAUCAAGGGUGAGGGUCUCCUCAACUCCGACCAGGAGAUGUGGUCCAGCGUCGUCGGCUACUCAACGGCCGACACCGUGAACAAGUACUGGGCCGACCCUGCCGCGUUCUUCAAGCAGUUCUCCGACUCCAUGGUGAAGAUGGGCAACAUCACCAACCCUGCCGGCGGCGAGGUCAGGAAGAACUGCAGAUUUGUCAACACAUAGGCUGGUGAAGACUUGAAGAAACUCGGUGCUUGUGCCUGUUCUUUUGAUGGUUGGUGGUUGUCAAGAAAAUAAGAGCGCUCUGCUGAGGCUAUUGCAGUAGCAUAUAUGUUGUUGGCAUUUUGUAAAACAUGUAUGUCUAAACACAUCUUGAUCUUGUAUUGCUUACUCGAAAAAAAAAAUGAAUCUUGUACACAUCAACAUGGAUUCUGAAUUUCUGAUAA